AAUCACGUAACGGGAACAUUGCCGGCGCCGGGACUUAUCGGAAGCUUUUUCCUCUUUACCGCAACGUGUGUUUAGUCCAAGCCAAAGAUUCAGUUUGUGUGCAAUGGGUCGCCGCAAGUCCAAGAGAAAGCCCCCAGCGAAGAAGAAGAUGACAGGAGAUCUGGAUUCUCAGUUCACCUGUCCAUUCUGCAACCACGAGAAGUCAUGUGAUGUCAAAAUGGAGAGGAGCAGAAACACUGGAAUCAUAACAUGUACAGUCUGCUUGGAGGUGUUCCAGACCCCUAUUACCUAUCUAUCAGAGCCAGUUGAUGUGUACAGUGAUUGGAUAGACGCCUGUGAAGCAGCCAAUCAGUAGCCCUUGUGUAGAGGGACGUCUUUCAGGAACAGGAUGAGGAUGUGGCUGAUGGUCCGGGGCCCAUCUAGAUCAAGCUGGUUCAGAGGACAUAACGAAACUUAAAUUGUUCACAGGUUUCCAUAUGGUCACCUAGGAUUUACAGUUGUGAGAACAGCAGUUUCACUGAUGUGGUUUCCAGCACAAAGCAGCCGUGAAGCACCACUUAGUCCUCUGACAUGUCCCCUUUUUUCUUUUUUUAAGGUUUCAGCCCACAGCUCCAGUAUCUACUGUUGAGAUUUAUUGAAGAAUGUAAUAUGUAAUUUGAUAUAUAUUCACACAUUGAGUGUGACACAUUUCUAUUUUCUAAAUUUUAUAUAGGUCUCAACAUUUAUUUAGCCUUUAAAUAGUAGUUAUUGAAUAUUAGAAAAAAGUGUCUAGCUUUCUCUUUUGUUUUGAAAAGGUGCAGAAAUAUCAUUUUUAUCUGAGGCGUGUAGUGAAAGAGAAUGGACUGGCACCUUGGUAUUUUAAUGCUGAAACAUACAAGAAAAUCUUUUUGGUAAGCUUUAUGAGAAAUGGACAUGCGAGUAUGUUUACCUUGACAAAAACAGAGAAUUGCUGCAUUUCAAAAGUUGAAAAUAUUAAGUGUCCCCACAAACUCUUUCAUUCUCCCACAUACAAUGUGACACAGGCAGCAGCAGCCUAACUGGAGAGGAAACUUUCCAAGUGGGCUGCACAGCCAGACUUUGAAAAGUUGAAUGUUAAAAAGUUCAUGCUCGAUGUUCCGGGUUGUGUCCACAGCUCUCCUCAUCCUCAUAAAGACAGUUGUGUCACAACAUUAGGUCAUUCCACUGGAGAGAGGAAUGGAAAUGUUUAAAACUGAUGCUUAUAGCUGCUAAGUUUAAAUGUUUCGAACUGCUCUUAAAUCACUUAGUUUACAGUUGAUUGUAUGCUUUUGGCUUACAUGUUUCAGAAAUAAGUACAAAAUGUUUGUUAUGAAGCACAUAUCUAUGGAAUAGAGUUAUUUUAUCCUGAAAUCAAGCCUCAAAAUCGAGCGUUUAUUUUCUUACGCAGCAUCAGUGUUGGAUAGCAUUAAAGCAAGCUGGAUUCUAGAAAAAAAUGUUAUGAAUUUGAUAAGCGUGGUCGCUCAAAUAAAGAAGCAAUAAGACUUGA